AUGGUGCUGCAGGCGAUUCAGUAUGAACAGGCUUCGGCCAACGCACCCCCCUCAUUGCAAAUCCUCGAUCAGCUCAUCUUACCACAUCGAACGUCCUAUGUUCCGAUCAGAGAUUGCGAAGAGGCCCAUGCUGCCAUCAAACAGAUGAAAGUCCGGGGGGCGCCAGCUAUUGCCAUUGUAGCUGCUCUGGCUCUGGCUGUCGAGGUGGGAGGCGAAAUCAAAUCCGGGAAACUACCCGCCUCUCCCGACGAAGUGAAGGACAGCAUCGGUCAACGACUGGACUUUCUCAAGACGAGCAGGCCGACGGCGGUGAAUCUGGGGGAUGCGGUUGGCAAGCUCAAGAUUGUGGCUAAGAAAGCCACACUGCAGCCUGGGGCAUCUGCCGAAUCUGUUGCCCGAGCCUAUGUUGCUGCUGCAGAGCAGAUGCUGGUGGACGAUGUGUCCGACAACAAGGCUAUCGGAAACCAUGGAGCGCGCUGGAUUGAGGAGAACACUGCCGCAGGGAAGAAAAGGAAAGCAGACAGAAGUCAGGAGAUUGCAAUCCUAACACAUUGCAACACUGGCUCUCUGGCAACUGCAGGGUAUGGCACGGCGCUUGGUGUCAUCAGAUCUCUGAGGGCUGCUGACAUGCUCACCCGGGCAUACUGCUCAGAGACUCGGCCGUACAACCAAGGGUCGCGCCUGACAGCAUAUGAACUCGUCCACGACGAGAUCCCGGCCACUCUCAUAACGGACUCGAUGGCUUGUGCACUGAUGACAAGGGAAGGAGAUCGCCUGGCGGCCAUCGUCGUUGGAGCUGACCGAGUUGCGGCAAACGGCGACACCGCCAACAAAAUCGGAACGCAUUCUCUUGCCGUGCUUGCCCGCCAUCACGGGAUCAAGUUCCUAGUUGCCGCCCCCAGGACAACUAUCGAUCGAGACACGAUUUCGGGCAAGGACAUUGUCAUCGAGGAAAGAGCACCGGAAGAGGUGACGAGGAUCAAGGGGCCCAGAGUUACAGCGGACGGAAAGUUACUUCUGGACGAGGGUUCAGAGGUGGUGAGCACCGCUGCAGUUGGAAUUGAUGUAUGGAAUCCUGCCUUUGAUGUGACCCCCGCAGAGCUCAUUGACGGAGUCAUUACCGAAGUCGGAGUUGUCGAGAAGAUAGAUGGGAAGUUCAAUUUCGGUCCCAUUUUUCCACAGCCCUGA